AAUUCUUUAUCAAGCUCUUGUUGAUGGCAUGCACCAGGUACGUUAUAUUCAACGAGAAGACCAAGACACUACACCUUCCGAAGAUUCCUUUGAACAGCACUUCUUUAGUGGUGUUCAGAAACCUAGUAAUGUACGAAACCAUGGCAAAUCCAGAAUCCUUGCAUUUCAAACAAUAUGCUGAGUUAAUGGGGGCAAUUGUGGACACUGCUAAAGAUCUUCUUUUGUUAAGGGAUUUCAAAGUCCUCGAGGUCGAUGAAAAUUAUCAAAUGAGUGAUGCCGAGAUCCUCGAAAUCUUUAAUGGGAUGACCGGACCAAUGAGGUCCAAAGAUGCCACCAUUGACGAACAAAUUGAGGAGACUAAUAAUAAAUGCUACAACAAGCUCCAGUGGUGAGGAUGAAAAGGGCCAUAAAGAAGUGUGUGUAUUCUUCAUGGAAGUUUUGUUGCGCCUUUUGCUACGCUGCUACUGAUUCUGAUGAUGGGUUUACAAACGUUUUGUGAUGUCUAUGGCUGCCCUACUGCCUUCGGCAUGGCCAAAAAAGCUUGAGCUUCUCUACUAGAAAUACUUUGUUUUAUCUUUCUCUAGCUAUUAUUUCACUUUUGAACAAACCAGCCUCGUGUAAAUGUUUAUGUUGGUUAAAACAUGUAAUUAUAAACUAGUAAUAGAUAC